UACUGCUGUGAACGGUUCUCCCGUCUCCGUGACCGCUUAAAAGUUUAUUGUUAAAAAUUAAAAUUUAUAUUAUUAUAAGGUAUUAAACUAUAAACUAUAAAUUUUAAUAAUAUUCAAUUGAAACAUGGGUCGCCCAAGUGUGUCAAAAAUUCAUUCUUAUUUUAUUUUUAAUAAGAAUCUAAAUGAAUCGGCAAGUAAAAAUUGUGAAUGUAAAAUAAAAGGAAAACAUGGCACAAAUCUAAAACGUCAUCUAGCUUCCCACCAUGAUCAAUUGUAUGAAGAAUAUAUGUCAAAAGAAUUAGAAAAAAAUAAUAGUUCAAACAAAAUUACAAAAAAAGAAUCACAACUUAAACUAUUCAACUUUUUAAUACCUAAAGUUAAGGUACAACUCAAUAAAAAAAUGAUAAUAGAUGCGUGUGUUGAUCUUGUGACAGUCAACGGACGUCCAUUCAGCAUGUUAAAUGAUACAGGCUUUCGGAAAAUACUGGAUCCUGUUUUAAAUGGAUUUCAGGAGAAAAAAUUUACCAUCAAUUCUUACUCGAUUAAGAAACAUGUACAUACAGAGUCACUUCUUAUACAAGAUGAAAUAACUAAUGAAGUUCAAUCUAAACUCAUUUCACUCAAACUCGAUGGUGUUACUAGACUAAAUAGAGCCUUUUUAGGUAUAAAUAUGCAAUAUAUCGUUGAUGAUUGUAUUAAACUCAGGACUUUGGGAUUAGUAGAACUGACAGAAUCACAUACAGGAAUAUAUUUAAAAGAAACAAUUCUUAAUGUUCUCAAAAAAUUUAAAAUUGAACAAAAACAAUUGUACACUAUCACUUCGGACAAUGGUGCAAACAUGUUAAAAGCAAUAAACUUGGUCGAAGAAGAAAUUUCAACAACAGUUGCAGCUACAACAGAAUUUAAUAAUGAGUUAAACAAUGAUAGUACUGAAGAAACAGUUGAUGUCAGUUCAGAAUUUUCAGAUUCUUCAUCUUAUGACAGUAGUGACAGUACUGAAGCUGUUCCAGUAACAAUAUUGGAUGAUGAACAAAUAGCUGUGUUGCUUAAUGAAGAUAUUGAAUGCAUUGAUAAAGAGUAUGAAGAAACAGAAUAUGUAUUAAAUAGAAUUGAGUUAGCAAACCUUGGUGAUAGUUCUAUUUUUAAUGGUAUUCGCUGUGUUGCUCACACUUUACAAUUAGCUGUUCUUGAUACAUUGAAGCACAACAGUAUAGAUAAAUUAUUAAACAAAGUUCGCUCAUUAGUUAGAAAGCUGCGCAACCAAACUUAUAUUUAUUUAAUCAAAAAGGAGAAAUUAAAACUGCCAAUUUUAGAUUGCUUAACACGUUGGCACUCUACAUUUGACAUGCUAGAGAGAUUACAACAUCUAAAAGCAUUUAUCCAAAAUAUGGCAGCAAAUGACUCUAAACUGAGAAAAGUUGAGUUGAGUCAUUUGGAAUGGCAACAAGUAGACAUAUUAUUUACAACUCUUCUACCCUCAAAAAUUUGUACUAAAAAAUUGCAAUAUGAGCAAUUGACACUUACUGAUUUUUAUGGGGCUUGGAUUGCUUGCAGAAUCGAAACGGAAUCCUUGAACAAUGUGUUUUCUAAUAAAUUAGUACAGUGUUUGAGAUCUAGGGAACAAAAUAUUAUGAACAACCAAGUUCUUCUAGCAGCAAUUUUCUUAGAUCCUCGAUUUAAUAAAUUGGAAAUGAGUCAAGUUGUUUCUAACAGUGCAAAUAUAGAAACUGAAAAUAGUAUUGAUGAAAGUUUGAAUAGUAAUUAUGUUGAUACAGAUAGACUUGAAGAUUUUCUGAAACAGAAGGAAAGUGAUAAUCAGUGCAGUUCAAUUUCAAGUUCAACUCCAAGCCAACAAAAUUCUCAAAAUACAAUUUCAACAAAAAUGGAAACUUUAUUAAAAACGUUCCAAUUAGAUGAAAAGAGAUUAAACCACAAAACAAAUAUACUAGAGUACUGGAAAACAAUGAAAACAAAAUACCCGGAAAUUUAUCAGCUAUCAAAAAUUGUGUUUUCUGUUCCGGCAACUCAAGUUCAAGGAUAA